AAGGUUUGCAGCUGUUUUUCUGCUCCUUUAACAACCUUUCAGUUCAAAGUCUUUGCAGAGCUAACAAAUCCGCCGCCUCGCUCCAAAGAGGAUUAGAGCUCCUGCUCAGCUUUGUUGCCCUAAAUUAGGAUGGAGAUAAGGAGAGGUCUGCAGUCCGCAGCAGCCAUCUGUCCUCAGGUGGACACUCUGAGCUGGAGCUGCUGUAGAUGGAGACCAGGCUUGAACUGGAUGUUCUGAUCUACCCAGAUGAGGUGAGGGUCGCUACCCCACAGGACCUGCUGGAGUGGGAGCUGGAGACAGCCAGUCAGGUGUCCAUUCCCACCGUUCGACUCUUCGUGGCUCUUUAUCCCUACAACCCUGCUGCCAUGUCUCCCAACUAUGAGACGGCUGCAGAGGAGCUGCCCUUUGUGCCUGGCCAGAUCAUCAAGGUGUUUGGCGAUAAAGAUGCGGAUGGUUUCUAUCACGGCGAAUCAGGGGGACUCUCCGGCUUUGUGCCGAGCAACAUGGUGGCUGAAGUCCCGGUGGAGGACGAGUACCUGAAGCAUCUCCUCAUGCAGCAGGGGUUCCUGCCUGUGGAUCACACAGGUGCGUCUUUAACACCAGAUCUGGGCGACACAACAAGUGUCCCUGAUGAUGUCGUCGUUCAAAGAAUGGUGGCCUUAUUUGACUACGACCCGUGGGAAAACUCGCCCAACAUGGACAGCGAUGCCGAGCUAGGAUUUCGAUCAGGAGACAUCAUCUACGUCCUGGGCCCCAUGGAUCAAGACGGAUUUUACUUUGGAGAUCUUCACGGACGACGAGGUUUGGUUCCUUCCAACUUCCUGCAGCCGCUACCCUGGAACUAGCAGCAUUUCCCCUUCAAACGCCAGUCAGCCGCAAAAAGUCAGCAGCUUUGUUCAGAAAUAGACAACAUGUGUCAAAUAUGUAUUUAUAUUUAUAUUUUUAUAAGACAGCGUGAUGUUGAGUGUGCUUUUGGUGGCAACUAAAUGAAUAAAACCUGCUUCUGCAGGCAGAAAAGGAAGAGAAUCCCAUUUAAAACACCUGGUUUGUCAAAUAAGUUGCUUUAUUAAGGUUUUUGUAAGAAAAUCAAAGAAAAUUACAAGUUUUAUUCUUUCAAAGAAGAAAAACAUUCCUUAAAUUGAACAAAGUUCACAAAAUAAAACGUCAGAUUUAGCCUUAAAAACACACUUAGAAUAUAGUUUCCCUCUUUAUGCCUUAUAACAUGUUCACGUGCUUCCAAGAUGUUGAUAUUCUGUGCAGUAACUAUUAAAAAUGUCAUUUUUGUGUUAAAAAUACCAUGAGAACAAAAGUUAAAAAUAAAGAAAUGUUGAAUUUGUACAAAACUUACAGACCAGUUCCUUUUUUAUUCUUACAAUCCUUUUGAAUUAUUAUUUUUUUAUUUGUUUUAAUUCUAUAAAACUAAAUCAAAUAAGAAGUGUUAAACUUUUCCACUCCUUCUUCUUCUUCUUCUUCUUCUUCUUCUUCAUUGUUCUCUGCAGACAACAGUGUAGUCAUCCAUAAAGUAGGAAACACUACACUGUGUAGUGAAGUUUAGUAGUGCUUUCUACUUUAUGGGUGACAACACUGUACUUCUGUCCCUCCUGCAGGCUCCCGUGCAAACGCUGGAGAAGGACCGGCGGGGAGAGGAAAGGUCUGCAAAAACUCAAAUUCACGUUAACAUCAAAUUAAAACCAAACAGAAAAAGCUGAUUUAAAGUGAAACAAUGAGAGAAAGCUGCUUUUGAUCAGAGGAAAUGAGCGAGGAAGAGUCCGUCUGUGAGGAUCUUACCAGGGUUCCAGCUCCAGAGAAGAGAGAAAACCCAGAAGUGAGCGUGAUCUUUUUAUUAACCCCGUCUGAGCCACGUGGUUAACACAGGAAAAGCUGCUGCAACACACACACACACACACACACACACACACACACACACACACACAAGUGAAAACUAAAACCAUUAUAACAUUUGAACUUCUUCCUAAAGCCUUUCUUCACACGUGAAGCUGCAGCUGCUGCUGCUUUUUCACGAAUCACACGUUUUAUGUCACAAUCAUUCAUUUUGCUUUGAAUUAUUUUAGAUUUUAGUUUAAUCUUAAGCAAAAAGUUCAGUAAACUGACAUCUCGCCACUCGGAAGCGUUUCUCAAAGACUGAGCUCACGUUUUAGAACCCUUCAAGCACAAAGGGCUCAGUUGUGACCUCGUUCCUUUAAACGACGUGAAAUGAGGAGGUGACCCCUGCUUUUACGUCAAAACAAAAGUAAUAAUUUAUGUUUUUGAUCAUCAGAAAACCCAUAUGAGCAUUGAUGAGACAAGUGAAGUGAGAUCACAAAGACGCGUUUCUGUGAUUCUCGGGUCUGAGGCCCUGACUUACAGGAAGGCCUUCGUAUCUCUGCGGCGUUUCUGAGAACUCGUUUGCGCGCCUGCACGCAUGAGACAAGGUGUGGGUGGGGGAUGGUGGUGCAAGGCGUCCCCAUCCCAGCGUGCAGUUGUGCUUGCAACAGCAGAAACUUUGCAAAA